UCUCAGGAUUGCUAUGCAACAGGAUCAGUGCUGUAGUCCCCGGUUCAAGCUGAAAAUGUUACACAGGAAGACAUACCAUGUAAAGGACCUCCAAGGAGAAAUUGAAGCUCACACAGAUAUCUAUCACAACCUGGAUGAAAAUGGCCAAAAAGUCCUGAGAUCCCUGGAAGGUUCUGAUGACGCAGCCCUGUUGCAAAGACGUUUGGACAACAUGAACUUCAAGUGGAGUGAGCUUCGGAAAAAGUCUCUCAACAUUAGGUCUCAUUUGGAAGCCAGUUCUGACCAGUGGAAGCGUCUGCACCUUUCUCUUCAGGAACUUCUGGUAUGGCUCCAGCUGAAAGAUGAUGAGUUAAGCCGGCAGGCACCCAUCGGAGGCGACUUUCCAGCAGUUCAGAAGCAGAAUGAUGUGCACAGGGCCUUCAAGAGGGAAUUGAAAACGAAAGAACCUGUAAUCAUGAGUACUCUUGAGACCGUACGAAUAUUUCUGACAGAGCAGCCUUUAGAAGGACUAGAGAAACUCUACCAGGAGCCCAGAGAGCUGCCUCCUGAGGAGAGAGCCCAGAAUGUUACACGGCUCCUACGAAAGCAGGCUGAGGAGGUCAACACUGAGUGGGAAAAAUUGAACCUGCACUCUGCAGACUGGCAGAGAAAAAUAGAUGAGGCCCUCGAAAGACUCCAGGAACUUCAGGAAGCGACAGAUGAGCUGGACCUCAAACUACGUCAGGCUGAGGUGAUCAAGGGAUCCUGGCAGCCUGUGGGUGACCUCCUCAUUGACUCUCUCCAAGAUCACCUCGAAAAAGUCAAGGUGCUUCGAGGAGAAAUUACACCUCUGAAGGAGAAUGUCAGCUACGUCAAUGACCUUGCUCGCCAACUCACUACAUUGGGCAUUCAGCUGUCACCAUAUAACCUCAACAUUUUGGAAGACCUGAACACCAGAUGGAAGCUUCUGCAGGUGGCCGUUGAGGACCGCAUCAGGCAGCUGCACGAAGCCCACAGGGACUUUGGGCCGGCAUCCCAGCACUUCCUUUCCACUUCUGUCCAGGGUCCCUGGGAGAGAGCCAUCUCACCAAACAAAGUGCCCUACUAUAUCAACCAUGAGACCCAAACAACUUGCUGGGAUCAUCCCAAAAUGACAGAGCUCUACCAGUCUUUAGCUGACCUGAAUAAUGUCAGGUUCUCAGCUUAUAGGACUGCCAUGAAACUCCGAAGACUGCAGAAGGCCCUUUGCUUGGAUCUCUUGAGCCUGUCGGCGGCCUGCGAUGCCUUGGACCAGCACAACCUCAAGCAAAAUGACCAGCCCAUGGACAUUCUGCAGGUCAUUAAUUGUCUGACCACUAUUUAUGAUCGCCUGGAGCAAGAACACAACAAUCUGGUCAACGUCCCUCUCUGCGUGGAUAUGUGUCUCAAUUGGCUCCUGAAUGUAUAUGACACGGGACGAACAGGGAGGAUCCGGGUCCUGUCUUUUAAAACUGGCAUCAUUUCUCUGUGCAAAGCCCAUUUGGAAGACAAGUACAGAUACCUUUUCAAGCAAGUGGCAAGUUCAACAGGAUUUUGUGACCAGCGCAGGCUGGGCCUCCUCCUGCAUGACUCCAUCCAAAUCCCACGACAGUUGGGUGAAGUCGCAUCCUUCGGGGGCAGUAACAUUGAGCCGAGUGUCAGGAGCUGCUUCCAGUUUGCUAAUAAUAAGCCUGAGAUCGAAGCGGCCCUCUUCCUAGACUGGAUGCGCCUGGAGCCCCAGUCCAUGGUGUGGCUGCCCGUCCUGCACCGGGUGGCUGCCGCGGAGACUGCCAAGCACCAGGCCAAGUGCAACAUCUGCAAGGAGUGUCCCAUCAUCGGAUUCAGGUACAGGAGUCUAAAGCACUUUAACUAUGACAUCUGCCAAAGUUGCUUUUUUUCUGGUCGAGUUGCAAAAGGCCAUAAAAUGCACUAUCCCAUGGUGGAAUACUGCACUCCGACUACAUCGGGAGAAGAUGUUCGUGACUUUGCCAAGGUACUAAAAAACAAAUUUCGAACCAAAAGGUAUUUUGCGAAGCAUCCCCGAAUGGGCUACCUGCCAGUGCAGACGGUCUUAGAGGGGGACAACAUGGAAACUCCUGUUACUCUGAUCAACUUCUGGCCGGUAGAUUCUGCGCCUGCCUCGUCCCCUCAGCUUUCACACGAUGAUACUCAUUCACGCAUUGAACAUUAUGCUAGCAGGCUAGCAGAAAUGGAAAACAGCAAUGGAUCUUAUCUAAAUGAUAGCAUCUCUCCUAAUGAGAGCAUAGAUGAUGAACAUUUGUUAAUCCAGCAUUACUGCCAAAGUUUGAACCAGGACUCCCCCCUGAGCCAGCCUCGUAGUCCUGCCCAGAUCUUGAUUUCCUUAGAGAGUGAGGAAAGAGGGGAGCUAGAGAGAAUCCUAGCAGAUCUUGAGGAAGAAAACAGAAAUCUGCAAGCAGAAUACGAUCGUCUCAAGCAGCAGCAUGAACAUAAAGGCCUGUCCCCACUGCCGUCCCCGCCUGAAAUGAUGCCCACUUCUCCCCAAAGUCCCCGGGAUGCUGAGCUCAUUGCUGAGGCCAAGCUACUGCGUCAACACAAAGGCCGCCUGGAAGCCAGGAUGCAAAUCCUGGAAGAUCACAACAAACAGCUGGAGUCACAGUUACAUAGGCUCAGGCAGCUGCUGGAGCAACCCCAGGCAGAGGCCAAGGUGAAUGGUACCACGGUGUCUUCUCCUUCCACCUCUCUUCAGAGGUCAGACAGCAGUCAGCCUAUGCUGCUCCGGGUGGUCGGCAGUCAGACUUCAGAAUCCAUGGGCGAGGAAGACCUGCUCAGUCCUCCCCAGGACACAAGCGCAGGGUUAGAGGAAGUAAUGGAACAACUCAACAACUCUUUCCCUAGUUCCAGAGGAAGAAAUACCCCUGGGAAGCCAAUGAGAGAGGACACAAUGUAGGAAGCCUUUUCCACUUGGCAGAUGAUUUGGGCAGAGCGAUGGAGUCCUUAGUUUCAGUCAUGACAGAUGAAGAAGGGGCAGAAUAAAUGUUUUACAACUCCUGAUUCCCGCAUGGUUUUUAUAAUAUUCAUACAACAAAGAGGAUUAGACAGUAAGAGUUUACAAGAAAAAAAAUCUAUAUUUUUGUGAAGGGUAGUGGUACUAUACUGUAGAUUUCAGUAGUUUCUAAGUCUGUUAUUGUUUUGUUAACAAUGGCAGGUUUUACACGUCUAUGCAAUUGUACAAAAAAGUUAUAAGAAAACUACAUGUAAAAUCUUGAUAGCUAAAUAACUUGCCAUUUCUUUAUAUGGAACGCAUUUUGGGUUGUUUAAAAAUUUAUAACAGUUAUAAAGAAAGAUUGUAAACUAAAGUGUGCUUUAUAAAAAAAAGUUGUUUAUAAAAACCCCUAAAAACAGACACACACACACACACACACACCGACAGACACACAGACACACACACACAAACUUUGAGGCAGUGCAUUGUUUUGCAUCGUUUUAGCGUGAUAUCCAUGUGAAAUUCAUGGUUUUUUCUUUUCUGGCAUAGUAAAGAUAGGACUUCCUCUAACACCACCAAACAACUACAUCACUUCGCUCUUUUUGGAAUCGGUGACUGAGUGGGACUGGCUGUGGGUUUUCGCUUUACGCAUCUAUAUGUCUAGAAGUAUGUAAAUACUGUAGGUAUAUAGAUUAAAUAGAUCUGACUUUCUAGAGACCUUUUAAACGUUUUGUUCAAAUGAUCUGGCCACUUCCUAAUGGAAAGAGAUUGCUUCUGGUCACCCAGGCUUACCUGCUUUAUCUAGAAGGAAUUUUCCCUGGAGCCUGAAACCAGGAAGCAACUACCACACUAAGACAUUGUCUGGGCCUCCAGAUGUUUCUCAUUUGGAACUCUCCACUGACAGCUACAGUAUUGCAUUUUUGUAAAAGGGACAAUGAAUGAAUACACAGGACUUACUGCGUCCAAGUAAUCCUUCAGUUGAUACAUUCAGCUUCCCGCGACUGGCAAUGCCACCAUCUACAUGUAAUCAUGCUUCAGUGGAAGUCACGCCACCAGAAGACAUUUUUAACUCCCCAGACAGUAAGGAGGACUUCCUGGUAGGGUCAGAGGGCUGUGGAUUUGCAGCCAAUUCCAUGGGAGGGAGGGGGCCGCUCUUGAAGUAAAGGAUUGGAUGAACGUUCAUAACCAUACAUAGAGAUCUUUGUAAUUACAGUGAAAUCACACUCUUCCCUCUCACAGUGAAACAGCAGGGGUAUUUGAGGGGGUUUUGCUUUCUUGCUUUCUUGCUUUUUUAAAGAUAUGUUUCCCCAUUGCAAGGAGUUUUUAAAUGCCACAAGACUUCACUUCAAAUAACUCUUGGGAAGAGGUGUAAGACAGCCUCAGCAUGCCUCUUAAAUAUCCACCCAGAAGCCCAUGAGCUUUGUUUCCCCACUUCCCAUUUCUCUACAAGUAAUUACACGCGGGUUGGUUUAAGGCAAAACAUAGAUGGAGUCACAUGUUCCAAAGGGUACUCCACUCCUUGCUGCUGGAGGAGGAAGGUUAGAGACACAAACAAACAAACAUUGUGCAAAAAGAGAAUAACCCAAGAGGACUAACUGGUAGGAGCAAGCUUUACUCUCACAUCUUCUUAGCCUUUCAUUUGUUUUUAAUCAUCCAUUCACUAGAAAUCACCCUGUGACCCCAUUAUUUUGCAAAUCUGUUACCUCUUAGGUCAAGUGUCAUUAACUUUUGCACAGUGGGUUUUGUCUAUUAUUUUCUUAAUGAUAAUUAACAUCCACCAUGGCUUCUCAUGCUAUUUCUACCUCACUUUGGUUUUGGGGUGUUCCUAAUAAUCGUGCACACCUGAUUUCACAGCUUCACUACUUGUCCAUCAUGUGAACAUUUUUCUCCAUUUUUCCCCCCAUUGUCAUUUCCAAAAGAAAACCCAAAGCUCUAAGGUAACAGAAUGACAAAGAUUUGGUUUUAGUCUUGCAUUUUUUUCCUUUAUGUGACACUGGACUUUUUCUUUCCCCGCGG